AUGAAGGAGGGUGAGGAGGAGGAGGAGGGUGAGAAGAAUGAGGCGACAGCAGUGGCAAUGAUGGCGACCACGAUGAUGAUGACGACAACAACAACAACAACAAUAACAAGAACGAUGACAACAAUGAAAACGUAUCGAUCGAUCGCGAGUACCGUUUCAACGAAAACGAGAACAGAGGAGGUAGAGAAGAAAGAGAAGGAUGAAGAGAAGGAGGAGAUGGAAGAGGAGUGCCGCAAGCAAGAAGACGUUAAUUUCCGUCCACCGGUACUCUCCGCUCUUAGAUAUAUGAGAAAGAAAAUGAGAAAGAGAGAGACAGAGAGAGAGAGAGAGAGAGAAACAGAGAGAAGAAAAAAAAGACAAAAAAAAAAAAGAAAAAAAGAGAUAGAGAGAAAAAAAAGAGAGAGAGAGAGAGAGAGAGAGAGAGAGAAGAGGAAAGGCGUCUCUCUCACCCGGCACGAACGCGGCAAGGCCGAGAGAAGGAACAGUAAAAUUGUGGAGAAUGUGUACGCGCCAUCAGGGUGGCCUAGAUUCGGUCAAGACCUGCUUUCUAGGCAGCAUUUCUCUUUAUCACCGGCUACGCCGGUGUACAACUCUCCGUCCCUCUCUCUCUCUCUCUCUCUCUCUCUCUCUCUCUCUCUGUCUACCUGUAUAUUUCUUCUGUUUAUACAUAUUGUGCGUGCGCUGUGUGUAUCACGUGCGCGCACAUAUGUACAUAUGUAUGUACGUAUAUGUGUGUAGGUAAGUUUGUAUGCAUGUAUGUAGGCAGGUAGGUAGGUAGAUACGUGCGCGCGCGCAUGUUGGUGAACGGUCGGUAGAUUCGCGAUGCCAGAGAAAAUCCACGAUGCACGUAUACAUAUGAUGUACGUACAUACGUAUUUAUAUAUAUAUAUGUAUAUGCGUUGCGUUAUGUUGUGUUGUGUUGUGUAUGUACCAUGGAGAAGCGACGCAGCGGGAAUUGACCCUCGAUUUUUAGUGUCGCUUAGUCGUACUCGCAAUCGAGUAUGUUCCAUGAUAAACCUGUGGAAUAUCGUCUCCGGUUUCUUUAUUAUUUUUUUUUUUUCGUUUUUCUUUCUCCCUUUUUUCUCUUAUAUAUAUAUUCUAUUAAAAGUAAAACUAAAAGAAUGUGAAAAUUAUCGAAGAACGCAAUUCCUAUU